GCGCUCUGCGCGCGCCGUCAGAGCGACAGCGGGUGAGGGUGCGCGCGGCGCAGAGCGGUGAUGGCGGCGCGAGGUGUGAGCCGUGUCCUGGGGCUGCUGAGAGCCGGGCAGCGCCACCAGAGCAGCAGGUUUCUCUGCACAGCUACUCGACAGAAAAACACUGGGCAAAGCUCAGAAGAGGAACAAAGGCAUCCACAGAAUGAGCAGAAAGAAGAGACCAGCUCAGCUGAGAAGUUACUAUCAGAAGAAAAGAUCAAGUUGGAGGAGCAAGUGAAGGAGAUGACAGACAAGUACAAGCGAGCACUAGCUGAUACUGAGAACCUCCGUCAAAGAAGUCAAAAGCUGGUUGAAGAAGCUAAAUUAUAUGGUGUUCAGGGUUUCUGCAAAGACCUGUUGGAAGUGGCAGAUGUUCUUGAGAAGGCAACGACGAGUGUGCCCAAAGAGGAGAUCACAGACCAGAACCCUCACCUGAAGAACCUCUAUGAGGGUCUUGUCAUGACUGAAGUACAGCUUCAGAAAGUGUUUUCUAAGCAUGGCCUAGUCAAACUAAAUCCUGUUGGAGCCAAGUUCGAUCCCUAUGAGCACGAAGCUUUAUUCAGUUCUCCCAUGGAAGGGAAGGAACCGGGCUCCGUGGCAAUAGUGACAAAGAUAGGAUACAAGCUUCACGGGCGCACCCUCAGGCCAGCAUUAGUUGGUGUUGUACAAGGAGGGCAUUGAGUAAUGCUGAGAACUGACUGGUGCAGUUUAGCUAAACACAAAGCCAUACAACUGUAUUCUUUGGCGAACAGUUUCUUUCUAACCUGUGGUCGCUGUGGAGUAUUGGAAGAUUUUUACACCAUGUGUCCAUCCACACAUAGCAAGAUGUUUUUUUAAAAAUAAAAAAGCCGAGGUUUUUUCCCUCUUGUUCAUUGCUAUCAGCAGUGGCUGGUACAGGUUAUUUUUCGUGGCAUCCAGUACAGAGGUACAUUUGUACUUGUUCUCUGUGGUUUGUUGCCAUUAAGUAUAAAUUUUUCUGAAUUAAGAUAGUCUGGUGGUGUUUGCACCUGUUUCCCAUUCAUGUGUAAACCGGCUACAGUGGACUUGUCUUUCUUUGCUAAGCCAAGCUAAACAGGCUAGCGGUCUAUUUUGAACAGUAUUCUUGAAAUCUCAAUUAAAACAAUCUUCAUAUCAAAUAGAAAGUAUCUGUUAUCGAAAGUAUCCACUUGUAUGGCUUUAAUGUGCAUAAAUAAUAGGUAAUGGUCCAGUUUGUGGACCAACUAAUAUUUUACAUUGUUCAAAAUUGUAAACUAUAAAAUUAGGCAGUAUCAUUUACUUUUUAAUUAAUGUCCAAAUAAAUUGAUCAGGUUUGGAAACCAUGAAGUGUGAUAUCCCUGAAUGCUGCAUGAAUGAAGCCUGAUGCUGAAAUUCUGUCAGUAGUAUUUUCUGCUAGUCAGUAAGCAAGCUGGUAAAGGGAAUGCUAAUUUAGAGGCAAUUAUGGUUUUCCCAAUACAUAUGAUUACUAGAAAUUAUUAUACAGAGACCAUGAUCUUAUUUGUGGAAGGUGCCCUAAUGAAUGAUUGUAUUCCAAAACUUAUAUUAAAAAGUGACCAAUUGAAAUUCC